CAACUUGAUCAAAAUUGGAGUACUUGAUUUAGAUAACCCAAAAUAUAAAGAUCCUUCCUACAAUGAAUUACUAAUUUAUAAAAGAACAUUGGAUGACCUUGUUUCUUCCAAGAAAAUUGGAAAACAGAUAUUUCAAAAGAUGGAUGAAAUAAAGAAAAUUGAAGGUUUUGAAGAAGCACAAAAAAACUUAAAGUCAUGGUAUAAAGAUGAUGAUUUAUUUUCAACAGAUUUUGACCCCAUGAUGAUGACAUUUCUUCGAAGACUUGUUGAGAAAAUUCUACGUUAUUUUAAUCUUGAUUCAAGCUAUUGGGAAUUAAACCAUUCUGAAACACAUAAACACAAAGUCUUGAUUGUAGAGCAUGGAAAGCAACAGUUGAAUGAUAAUAGAAGAAAGUUUUUCAAUGAUAAGUUCAAAUCAUGCAUCUUACUUCAUGACAUGUUACAAUCUGUUUACAAUGAAUUGAGAUUUGUUAACAAAGAAGAAAUCAAAACAUUUGAUUUUAGUAUUUUUAGUGUGGUGACAUCUG